UCCUUGUUGCGUUUUGCCGAUCCAAUCUCGAUCGGUCUUAGUUGCUAGUAUACUCAUUGUUCAUCGUCCUACCUAAAUCAUUUACCUUAAUUUCUUUUGUCAGAAUCAAAUCAAUUAUUUUUUUUCUUUUAAUAUAUAAUUGGUAUUGGUUCUGCAGGGAAAAGGAAAUCAAUAACAGGUAAUGGUUUUUCAUUUUGGCGAAAGUCUAAUUAACUUAACUCUCAAGUUUUAAGGAUAAAAUAUUUUACAUGGUUGUAAUAAUUUAAACAUAUGUUAUUUUUUAUGAACAAAUUUUUUAUGAUUUAAAUUUGCCGCAAUGGUUCAAUCUUGACGUUAAUUUAUGGAGAAUCGAAGGUUCUGCUUAAAAUGAUUUUUGAGCAUUGAUAGAGAUGAGAAACUAAUCAUAUUCUAGAAGAAGAAUUGUUUUUUUCUUUUCUCAAAAGCGCGAUAAAGAACAACAAUGUUGUGUUGUGGAGGUGUAGAAGAGGAAGUUGGGGGUCCACCUGUUAAUCAAUAUACAUCUCAACCAAGGAAUCAAUUUGGGAGUCAAAGAGAAGAGCCAAGAACUUCCCAUGCUGCCAGGAGCGGUGCACCUGCCAAGGUUUUACCUAUUGAAACACCAGCCUUAUCCUUAGAUGAGUUGAAUAAAUUGACUGGUAAUUUUGGAUCAAAGACACUAGUUGGUGAAGGGUCUUAUGGUCGAGUUUUUCGUGCAACCUUAAGUUCUGGUCAGGUUGCAGCAAUUAAAAAAAUAGAUAAUAGCUCUUCACAAGAGCCAGAUUCUGACUUCGCAGCUCAGUUAUCAAUUGUCUCAAGAUUGAAGCAUGAACAUUUCGUUGAGUUACUUGGAUAUUGUUUGGAUGCAAAUAACCGAAUCUUGGCUUAUCAAUUUGCAACUAUGGGUUCUUUACAUGAUGUUUUGCACGGAAGAAAAGGGGUGCAGGGAGCAGAACCUGGUCCGGUUCUAAGUUGGAACCAGCGAGUGAAAAUUGCAUUUGGGGCCGCAAAAGGUCUUGAGUACCUACAUGAAAAAGUUCAACCUUCUAUUGUCCAUAGGGAUGUUAGAUCAAGUAAUGUCCUAUUGUUUGAUGAUUUUCUUGCAAAAAUGGCCGAUUUCAAUUUAACAAACCAAUCAUCAGAUACAGCUGCUCGUCUACACUCAACUCGUGUGUUAGGAACAUUUGGGUAUCAUGCUCCAGAGUAUGCCAUGACAGGCCAACUGACUCUAAAAAGUGAUGUAUACAGUUUUGGUGUUGUUCUUCUUGAGCUAUUGACAGGGAGAAAGCCAGUAGAUCACACCAUGCCUAAAGGACAACAAAGUCUUGUUACUUGGGCAACUCCUAGACUCAGUGAGGAUAAAGUUAAGCAGUGUAUCGAUCCAAAGUUAAACAACGAUUACCCUCCAAAGGCUAUAGCAAAGAUGGCAGCAGUCGCAGCAUUAUGUGUUCAGUAUGAAGCAGAUUUUAGGCCUAAUAUGACCAUCGUCGUGAAGGCAAUCCAACCGCUUCUAAACUCAAAACCAGGAGGACCAGAUUCUCGUUCGUAAUCCUAUAGAUCAGUGUUUUGUUUCUAUAUAGUUGUUGUAUACCACUUAACUGAAUCUUGUACCAAAUUUUUUUCUUAAAUACCGAUCCAUUUGUCUUUUAAAAUACAUACAGAAUUCAUGAAAUAAUAUUGCAUUGUGAGGAUA